AUCAGUUCUGGCCUCGACGUGGAUUCACCAGUUAAUGUCUGUGCAGGUGCAGAGGGAGGCCAGCUUAAGCUCAGCCCACAGAGACGAGACGGCAGUGCAGGUAUGACAGGUAUGAGGUGUGAUGUGUGCAGCGCUGACAGAACCGUCCUGGUCCUGCUAAAGCAGCAGCUGGAAUGUUCCCCACAGUAACGGUUGUUCAUCCGGAUUUGGAUCAAGCUCACAGAAAGUGUUGGUGUGCUUCUACUGCGUGAGCCUUCGUGCCACCGGUUUCAGGUCUGAUGAGCUCAGUUAAACUCCACAUGAUCGAGGAUGUGUGGUUCUGAUUAAUGAGAAGGUUGAGCUGCCAGUGACACCACGGUGCCGGCUCUGUCUGUGGGAGUGGGCAGAUGAGAGCUGUCUCAGUAAAUGGCCCGAUGAUCUACAUAUUCCACACACUGACACAGAAAGAAGAAAAAAAACAGCUCUGGAUCCGUGCAGCUGGUUCAACUGGUCUGACGAGAAACGGGAGGGCGAGAGGCAGCGAGGAGGAGGAGGAGGAGGGUUCAGAGGAGGCAGUGCCGAGUCUACAAUUAGAAAACAAGAUAAAGCAGGAACGAUAAGAGCAGAGCACAGCAAGAGGGACAAACGUUGAGGUUUUACAGCCAUGCAGUUUGGUGAUGUGUCGCUGAUACACAGCAGGAGCAUCUGACCGGUUAACGCUGACGACGGGAUCCCACAUUCAUCUACCUCAGCAGGGACACUGGGACUCAAACUCCAGCCGCCACGCUGCCUCUGACAUCGUCCUCCAACAUGAGUGAGGAUGACCAAAGCCGUUCUGGCCAAGGAGCCAGACCGGCCCCCAACGUCAAACCCAAACUCAGCCAGAACAGCAGGAACAGCAAGGAGGACCACCGGAAGAAAGAGAAGCCGGCGAAGGUGAGGAGGUCGAGGAGUACCGACUCGGAGAGGGCCGAAAGAGGACGGAGGAGGGAACGAGACCGGCACCAGGGAGAGAGGAGGCAGCGUGGGAGGAGCGAGGAGGCCCGCAGACGAGACAGGAAAGAGGCUGAGAGCGACCGCAGGAAGACGAAGCCCCCCGAGGACGAUGUGGAGGACACCGAGUGCGCCGUGUGCUUCUGCUCCUACGACAACGUGUUCAAGACGCCCAAGCUGCUGGCGUGCGGACACACCUUCUGUCUGGAGUGCCUCGCUCGCAUCAACGUGGUGUCGCCUGAGCUCAAAACCCUGUCCUGCCCCGUGUGCCGCGAGCUGACCGAGCUACCCCACGGCCAGGACCUGCCCCGCCUGGGCAACAACGAGGACAUCAUAGGGAAGCUCCCGCCGGACAUGCAGAGGGCGCUGUCCAUCCGCUUCAAGCGCAGCAAGGGGAAGCUGAUGCUGAAGAACCCUCCUCCCAACAGCCCGACCAAGCCGAGCUUCCUCACGCUGCCGAAGAAGAGCCCGGAGGCCCAGGCGACGGCGGGCGGCGACCUCAACCUGAGCGCGAUGGAGCAGGGAAUAGCGCCGGCCACUGUGGUGGACGUGGGCCGGCCGCCCAGCAGGGUGAGGGGCCGCAUGCGCAGGUUGUUCCGCUCGGACCAGUGCUACUACGCUGUGGUGGGGUCCAUCAUCACCGUCACCGUGGUGCUCAUGCUGGUGGGCAUUCUGGCCUUCGUCAUCAUACCCAACGUGGUGAUCCGCGGACCUCCGGGACCAGAUAGCCCGGCGACACGCCCCCCCUCAGGAAACGGCAGCACGUUCAGACCCUGAAGGAGCAGGAGGACUGAUCGCUGGAGAUCCGGCCACUUUGUUUAGUUGUUUUACUGUCGGUGAAGGAAAAUCAAAGCACAUUCCAGCUUUUUCACUCGAAGCUUGAAGAAAUGAAGGAAAACCAGAAGCAGCAUUGUUUUGACAGGCAGGUCGGACUGUGAAGGAACGGGUCAGCAGACCUGCAUCAUGCUGGGUUGUUUUCUGACUGUGCCUGUGAUUACUGUGAAAGCCUGAGUGUGGAUAAAGAUUAAUAAGCUGUAAAUCUUUAAUGCACUAAACCCUGCGCUGACAGCAGUCCUACGCUUGGACUGCAUCAGGCUGAUUUCCAAAACAAGUUCAGGGUUUCUAGUUCUGACUAAUUUUUGUUCAUAGUCGCUGUACAUAGCCGUAGAUGAUUUCUAUAUUUGUAUAAGAAUGGACUUUGUUUCGCAUCACAUCUGUCAAAUAAAUGGCGUUUGAGACAUUUAAAGCUCA